UGCUUGCGGGACUGUCUGGUAAGACUCCAUCACGAUUCCAGAAGCUGUGCCUCCAUCCACAACAAGACGACGACAACAAACACGAGCUAAGAAGCUUGCUUGUCAAAGGGUUCCGCUUCUUCCAUUUGUCUAUUGAGCUAACUGGCUAGAAGAUAGAAACUGACUGCAUAAUCAAUUAAGAAGAUGACGGCCCAAGUAGUCAUGGAGUACCGAGAAGACGAUCCCAGUUACUGGCGUCGCAAAGCGCUGCUGUCGGAAAUUGGAGACGAUGGCCAAGGAACUUCCGGUGGUGGAAUUUCCGUGAGUAGCUUCUUUCCCAUUACACGGUACUACGAAGCUGCGGACAAAGUGUUGGCAGCCUUUGAAGAUGCUGUCGGACGAGGCGACCUAGACAGUACUUUUGUCUAUGGCAAACGCUUUUGUACCUUUUGCAUUGAGAGCAUUCCCAAGCACGAUUACUACCUCAGUGCCAAGUACAAGAAUCUACGACACAAGUACACGCGAGAUGCCGAGACGGUGCUCAAGCAUUUGGACGAAGUCAAGGCCAAGAUGAACGCAGAAGAACGCGUCAAGCACAAGAAACGCAUGGAAUUGGCGCGCCAGGAAGCCGCUCGCAGAGAAGCCGAACGAAAGCGCCAAGAAGCCAUCCUGCGAGAAAAAGAAAGAGCCAAAUACCAGGAACUCAUGAAACGAGCCGAAUUACAACGGCAAAACAACAACGCCAAGACUGCCACUAGUAGUAAUGCUAAUGGAGGAAAAGAUGUCCAGGCAUCUGCCAUGAACAAAUUGGAACUAUUGAUGAAACAAACCAGUGCUUCCAAAGUUGCAACUCCUCCUGAUCCACAAUCACAAAAUCGACCUUCGGGACGAUACUUUUUGGCAGACACGGAUGACGAAGAAACAGAACAACCGCCCGUCAAUGGACAGAAAAUCUGUAUUGGAGCACCACUACCACCCCCCAUGCCACCACCGCCAGCCUAUGGAGAUGCCAAGGCCCGGAUCCCCAACGGAUCGCUACCACCGGCUCUGUCUCCACCCUCAACGUCGCCAUCAGCCGCCACCACCACGGAAACACCACCACCCUACGAUUUUGCCAUUAAUACCCAACGACACAAUCCAUUUUUGGGACCUGCCACUGGCGCAUCCUAUGCCUUACCACCACCUGUUCAACCAUGGGAGAAUAAUAAUAAUAAUGGACAUGUGCGACCUCCCAGUUACAACGCUGUCAGUGGAACAAGUUCGUCAUCUCCAUCUCAUCAGCUACCAGAUCCACCCACCAAACGAUACCCCACACAAUCCCAACAGCCACCCAAGAGAAAGAAAAAAGUUUCCGUGCGACAGUUGCGGGAAACGGCAAGACGACGAUACGGGGAUUUCGUACAGGAUGGAAUCAUUGAAAUUCGACCCAUUGAUACAUACCAAGGACGAUACAGUCAAUCCACCAAUGGUUGUACUGUCAUUAGUCCCUUGGUCGUAGCUCAUCACUUGGCAACGUCCAAUGGUGUACUCUUGCCAGAUCGAGAAAUCAAACAUGUCAUUGACAAUGAAUGUGGACCGCUUCUACGGGAGAUUCGUGGAAAGUUGGGACUCGAAAAUCACAGCCUCAUUAUCCCUUCGGACGUGCACGAUCAUUUGGUGGAUAAAAACAUUUUGAAGCAGGACCAUUUCGUGGGUGCCACGGGAGGAAACAUUAUCAACGAAGAACACAUUGGCGAAUUCAUCAAACUCUUCCAGGAAAAGAGAAAAGCUGGAGCGGCAUUGUUCUUUCGUGAACACGUGGUUAGCAUCAUCAAGAUUCCCGUGGGCGGUGGAAGGGCGUAUUACGAUCUGGUGGAUUCCAUGCCCGGAACAAAGGAUGCCCGCAACAAUCCAUGUGCCAGUCGCACACGCUGCAAGUCCGAGGAAGCAUUGGAUGUCCUGUUGAAGUGGUAUGCCACCAAAAAGUUCACAGAAUCCAACUGUUCCUACAUUGACAACAAUGGCUGGAAUGACAUGAUGGCCGAUCUAGACCCCCGAGUCUUUCAAGGCUUUGUGUGGGGCAAAGACGAGUGAUGGCAAUGCGCCAACGACAACACACACAAACACACAAAAUGUGACGUAGUACUAGAAAGUAAUCAACACACUACUGUAGCUAGGUAUAGUAGUCUUUGUCUCUG